AUGAAAGAAGUUGAUGAUUCUAUUGUAAGAAUUCGUGCAGCGGUGAGGUAUGUGAGGCGUACUCCUUCGAGGUUUCAGAGAUUUAACAAAUGUAUUGAUCAUGAAACAAUUGGAUAUAAAGGUUAUGUUGGGAGAGAUUGUGAGACUCGGUGGAACUCAACAUAUCUAAUGUUAAAGGGUGCAUUAAAACAUAAUAAGACCUUUACAGAGUUAGAAUUCAAAGAUCGGAAAUAUUUUAAUGAAAUGAGUAAGGACAAAGGAGUGCCUAGACCGGAAGAUUGGGAGCAUGUUGAGUUAAUCCUUCCAUUUCUACAGAUAUUUCAUGAAGCUACAGAGCGUAUUUCAGGAUCUUCUUAUGUGACAAGCAACAUGUAUAUGCUUGAGGUUUUUGGUGUUGGAAGAAGCAUUCUGAACAUGUGUAAUUCGGAAGAUCAAAAGGUAAGGUCAAUGGCUAUAAAGAUGAAGGCAAAGUACAAUAAAUAUUGGGGAAAACCUGACCACCUUAACAUGUUGUUAUUGAUUGCAAUGGUAUUAGACCCUAGAUGUAAAUUGAAGCUUGUGGUAUGGAUGGCAGCUAGGAUUUAUGAUACUAGUGAUGCAGAAUAUUUGAAAACCAAGUUGGGUUCAUAUUUGAAGUCUAUUUUUGAUGAAUACUCUGGUAGGGCAGUGUCUCGUCUAGGUAGUUCAGUUAAUCUAUCAGGUGGUUUUAAUGCAGUUAAUGAUCCGUACCAUUGUGUUGAAUUCUACCAAUCAGAUGAGUGCAGCACAUCAGAGACAGAAUUACAGAAGUAUAUUCAAGAAGAAGUAGAAAACCGUCCUCCAAAUUUUGAUGUGCUAGAGUGA